UCCUUAAAUAUGAAAGGAGAGCAUUGUGAAUUGAUUUCAAUAGCAGAAUGUUUGACUCAGAUUGCAAGUGAAACAUCUAAUUAUGUGCAUGAACAUGAUUCAAGAUUUGCAAUUGGAAGUUAUAAACCAAAUGUUAAGGAAUUCAGAGCACAUGUCAAAACUGAAUUCUUGUCACCACAGAUCACAUACACUGUGAACCUUGUGCUGAAAAAUAUGGAUCCAGAUGAAGGAUAUAUCGGUCUUGAAUACAAGUUAGCAGGGGGGAGAUCAAAAUGUUAUUCAUUUCUUUCGGACGAGAGAGACGAUGGAUGGUUGAGUGUUGAAUUAUUUCAGUUUACUAGCGAAAACAAAAAAUUUGACCUUAAAAUUCUUUUUUACAUCAAGCACUGUCGAAAUAUUAUUGUAGAAGGUAUCGAAUUCCGACCCCUGGAGAAAGUGGUACAUGAGGUGUUAAAUAGUGAGAUAGAGAAUUUGCAGCUCAUAACAGAUGAUUCAGAAACAUUUUGGGAGCAAAAAUUGCCAAAAGAUUAUAAAGACAUAGUCGAGUGGUCAAAUUAUGCCGUGCGUUAUGCAACUAAGAAGGAACUCUACUCUGUUCUUCGCAAAGGGUUCCUAAUCAACAAUGGUGAAAAGUGGAUUUCUCUUGCCAAAGACGGGAAGAAAUGUCUUAUGCUAUCAGCAAGAGCCACUUUGGACGACAAUGACACCUGGAGCUGGAAGUCUUUACCCGAAACAAGAUUUGAAGUGGCUUAUGAUCCUUCAGAAAGAUUUAAUAUAAUUUGUCAAAUUGAAUCCAGACAUCUGUCCCCUGAAACAACAUAUGCAGGAUACCUUGUCUACAAACAAGAAAACAACUACAAGGUUCAGCCUCCUCCUGCACGUGUGAAAGAUAAAAAAUCUCGUUCAAGAGAAAUUUGCUAUAUCUAUUUAAGUUCUCCUCAGACGCCGGUUAUUAUUACAAGAACGGGUAAUCAUACUCACUGCCCAAUGAAUAGACCCAAAAUAAAAGGCCUUCCACAGCAGAGGAGCGAUGGUUGGAUGGAAGUACAAAUAUGGGAAUUUUGUACUACCACCAAAACGAUUGAUAUGCAUCUUAAAUUGUCUAGUUACGACAACACGUUUGAAGGGAUUGAAGUUCAAGGCAUUGAACUUAGACCCAAAUAAUAGAUUCUCUUGUUGAUGAUCGGCAAGAAUAAACUAAGUGUAAACACAAUAAGUUUGCUUCUAUCUACUUUUGUAAUG